AUGUCUUUUUUACCUCAUGGAUCAAAUCCAAGCACCGCUGGGUUCACAUGUAACACCUGUGGUAUUCGGUUCGCCGCGGCCGAAUUCCAGAGGAAGCAUAUGAAAACAGACUGGCAUAAAUACAACUUAAAGAGAAGAGUUGCGGAGUUGCCACUGAUCUCUUCGGAGGUGUUCGCUGAAAAAGUUCUUCUUUUGCAGCAACAAAAAGAGGAAAAUCAGGGCAACGAAGACGAACUCGGCUUUUAUGUCUAUCAUCGUAAAAGACCCGGAAAGGGCGAACGUCAAUUGACUAAGAAGGAGAUGAAGCAGAUUGCCAAACGGCAGAUGAGAAGCGUUAUGGCUGAAAGAAAGGACCUUGAAGAGAUCGAUGUGGAAGAAGAUGAUGAGCCUGUUGAAUUGGUUAGAUGUGCAAGUCCAACAGCCUCAGUGACAUCCGACUUCUCUGAGUUUUCCUUGGGUGACUCUGUGCAUUUGUCUGAAGCCGAAUCCAACUUCGAUACGGGGUCCGAGAUUCAUUAUUCAGACACCACUCACAGCGAUUGGGAUAGCAUGCGCGGUAGUGAGGACGACUCAUCUGACGAGGAUGAUUCUGACUACUCUGAUGAGGAAGAGAUUGUAGAUGUCCUCCCAAAUCAUUUUUGCUUUUACUGUGGUGAAAACAACCGUGAGUUGGAGAGAAACAUCAGACACAUGUCCAACCAUCAUGGACUAUACAUUCCCGAGCGCUCGUACCUCGUAGAUUUGGACGGCUUGCUCACGUAUAUGAACGAGGUCAUCACGAUAGACCACGAGUGUUUGACAUGUGGAUAUGUUGGCAAAAGCGUUGAGUCGAUAAGACAGCACAUGCGCUCCAAGGGACACUGCAGGCUACCUUAUGAGUCGGCGGAUGAGAGAGAAGCCGUCUCCGAGUUCUACGACUUCUCGAAUGAAGAAAUCAUUGUACCCCGUGUCAAAAAGGCCAAAAGAGCCAAGACGGUUUCAUUUCUCGAGCCUUCUCCAGAAGCUGGAGACGAGAACAGCGAGUACGACAGCGACCCUGAUUACCAAACAGCCACCAUCGAGACAACUUUGGUUCUCCCGUCGGGCUCCAAGGUGGGACAUCGGUCAAUGCUCCGGUAUUACCGCCAGAAUUUGCCCGGAGCUCGCCAAUAUUCUGAUUCCGAAAAAACAGUUGCAUUGGUGGACCGUCGCUUUGCGCCAGGACUCACAUCUGGUCAGGUUACCAAACAAGAGCGCGAAGUGCAGAAGUUGGAGAUCAAGGCGAAGAAUUACCACGAGCGCAGAACAAAGUCCUCCAGAGUCAACUUCAAGAAGCAUUUCAGAGACGAGCUCCUUGGACCCAUGUAA